UUCGAGCGGACAACAUGGAGCGCUGGCAUAAUCGGGUGGCCGUCGUAACGGGCGCUAGUUCGGGGAUUGGAUCGGCGAUAGCCAAGGAUCUGGUUCUGGCCGGGAUGACGGUGGUGGGAUUGGCCCGUCGCGUGGAUCGCGUGAAGGAGCUGCAGAAGGAGCUGCCGGCGGAGAAGAGGGGCAAACUGUUUGCCGUGUACUGCGAUGUGAGCAGCGAGAGUUCCGUGAACGAGGCCUUCGACUGGGUGAUCCAGAAACUGGGGGCCGUCGAUGUCCUGGUGAACAACGCCGGCACCCUGCAGCCCGGCCAGCUGGUGGACAUGAAGGUGUCCAGCAUGCAGCUGGUCCUGCAGACCAACAUCAUGGGCAUCGUUUUGUGCACCCAGCGGGCAGUACGCUCGAUGCGGGAGCGCAAGUUCGACGGCCAUGUGGUGCUCAUCAACAGCAUCCUCGGGCACAAGACCAUGUCGUCCAUGGAGGGCGUGGUGCCGGACGUCAACGUCUAUCCGCCCAGCAAACACGCGGUCACUGCGCUGGCCGAAGGAUAUCGCCAGGAGUUCCUAAGCCUGGGCACCCGCAUCAAGAUUACGAGCGUCAGUCCGGGCGUGGUGGAUACGGAGAUCUUGCCGGAGAGCAUUAGGAUUGCCAUCAAGGACCGCAUGCUCCACUCCGAGGACAUCUCGCAGGGAGUGCUCUACGCCAUUGCCACGCCCCCUCAUGUCCAAGUUCACGAGCUGAUCAUCAAGCCCCUUGGAGAGACCAUGUAGAGAACUCCUAAGUUCUUGUAUUUUUUUUUAACAUUUUUUUCUUUAGAUUAGUAGUUUGCUUUUUAAGUGCAUUCAUUUGUAAUGUGGUAUUUUUUAAGCAGAUUGUUACAAAUUUGCUUUGCAUGUUUCGAACUUUUAUUUCGCAAUAAAUCCGAUUUUUAAGCACACUAAA